AUGGGCGGCCUUCUCUUUGGUUGGGACACUGGUCAGAUUGCCGAUCUCAUGAUAAUGCAAGAUUUUAAGCGCCGAUUUGCGAGCAAGGAUCCAGGCAACCCUGACCACUAUGUGUGGAACAUGUGGAUCCAGGGCCUUAUUGUUGGUUUUCUCAGUAUUGGCGCCAUGGUCGGGCCUUUUCUUGGCGCGCCGGCCUCAGACCGCUUUGGUCGACGCUGGAGUAUUGCGUUCGGCUGUGUGGUCUUCACGGUGGGUCUCAUUAUCCAGGUCGCAUCUCAGUAUUCUUGGGUCCAAUUGGGCAUUGGGCGCUUCAUCGUCGGUGUAUCUGUUGGUUGGUUAAGUGCGUCCGUCCCUGUAUAUCAGUCCGAAACGCUUCCGCGUCAAGUACGCGGCGCCAUGGUCGGGAUGUACCAGCUGUUUAUCACCAUCGGUAUUCUGCUCUCGUACUGUUGCUGUUACGGAACAAAGGGCUACAUGAGCUCGGAUGGCUCCUUUUCGUCCGCACAGUGGCGUGUUCCCAUUGCGGUCGGUUUUGCGUGGGGCAUUAUCUUGGGUGUUGGCAUCAUGUUCUGCCCCGAAAGUCCGCGCUGGCUCGGUAAGAGAGGCCGGUUUGACGAAAUGAAGAAGGUGCUCGCUAGAAUGCGGGGUGUGGAUGCGAGCAAUGAAUUUGUCUUGUCCGAAUUUUACGAUAUUAAGAAGGAAGUAUUGGAUGAGAUGCAGGCGGAAAAGAAGGGAUGGAUUGAUUGUUUCCGAACGGAAAACAAAACACUGUACCGUACUAUUUUGGGCAUCGCAUUACAGACAGGACAGCAGCUGACCGGCGCCAAUUACUUUUUUUACUACGGUGCUACCAUCUUCCAAUCGGUGGGCAUUAGCGACUCUGUUGUUACGCAAAUCAUUCUCGGUGCUGUGAACACAGGCACCACAUUUCCCGGUCUUUGGGCAUUGGAUCGCUUUGGCCGUCGCAUAUGUCUCCUGGUAGGUUCUGCUUGGAUGGCCAUGUGGUUGCUUAUCUUUGCAACGGCUGGCGUAGCCGGCAAACCGAUUCGCUUUGUUCCCGGUGGCGAGGGUGUGACAAACCCUGAUGCACCCGCAGAUCCUGAAUCGAUUGGUACUCUGAUGAUUUGCUCUGCAUGUUUCUUUAUCCUUGCAUUUGCAAGUACUUGGGGACCGGGUAUUUGGACUUUGAUAUCGGAAACGUGCGCGCCCCAAACGCGUGCGAAGCAGUAUGCGAUUGCUACCUUGGGUAACUGGACAUGGAAUUUCUGCAUCGGGUUUUUUACCCCACCGAUCACAAACAAUAUCCACUUUAAUUACGGAUACAUUUUCAUGGGUUGCAAUGUGGCCAACUUUUUCUUGGUGUACUUUUUUGUGUACGAGACCUUCAAUUUGACGUUGGAGGCUGCGAACGACAUGUAUCUUGAUCCAAACUGCAAGCCUUGGAAUUCAGCUAAAUGGGUUCCACCAGGUUACACUUCACGUCCUGGCUUCAAGGCUAACGUAGAGAAGGAGUUGGAAAAUCUCAGCAAUGCCACAGGCGCCUUGCCCAACUCAGACAACGCAUCCGAGACAAAAGACGAUGGUCUCAUGAUCCGAACAUCCACGCCGUAG